AUGCCGAUUUACCAAUGCUACAGCCAAGCUAACCGCUCCACCAGCUCCCAUUGUAUACACAGACCCACACUACACCUCCUGCCCCUCUUCCCCUGUAACUCUUGCAAACUCAUGCUAAAGCAGGUAACAGCAGAAACUCAGCCAAGAAGGAGUAAAGGCACAUGGGGAGAGUCAAAAGCAGAGCCAGGUUCGGAGACCCCCAUCAUGAACUACCUGGCUCUCACUUUGGCCCUUCUGCUGGCCGUCGGCUCACAGGCUGCUCACAUCCCUUCCAUGACUGCUGAAGACAUACCCGUAUACAUGCAACAGUUGAGGGAGGCUGUGGAUCACCACUUGGCCCAUGGUAAACAACGUAUUGGCACAGCCCUGGAGGGGGUGAUAAAUCCUGAAAUCAGUGCUCAGGUCAAAUCCCUUUUGCAAAUGGUACAGGCAAACAUCCAAGACAAGAUCCAGGGAACUCAAGAAACUGUCCGAACCGUUUCUGAUGCUGUCCGCACCACCGUAAUGGAAGCCACAGCAGAAAUGCGAGAAUCCAUUAUGGCGGAAAUUGAUAACCUUAAAUUACAGCUUGAUCCCCACCGUGAAAAAGCACAAGAAGUUUUCAGCAGCCACCUGGAGCAGUACCAGACCAUAGUUGGACCCAUCGCUGAGGAAUACCAAAGAAGGAGUGAAGCUGAAAUGGCUGCCCUCAAGGCCAAGCUGGAGCCAAUCGGGGAAAAUCUGAGAGAACUAGUACCACGUAAUGUGGAGGAAACCAAGAACGCCCUAAUGCCUAUUUUGGGAUUUUUGAAGUCAAGGGGGGAAACAUGGUUGCAGACAGCAAAGGAGCAUGUUGGCCCCUACAUCCAAGCAUACAAGACUGAGAUCAAGAACUUUGUAAGAAAUACAAAGGAGAGGGCAGGACGGAUCACAGAUGAAGAGUGGACAUCCCUGCGUGAGAAGGUCACAGCACACGGCCAAAAAAUUGCUGAAAAUCUCAUGGAAAUUAAGAGGGAUAUCUUUGGUUAGUCAUCCCUAAAUCCGCUCUACUCUGUUCUUUUAACCCCACCUUUCUAUAUCCAAAAUCCAUUCCACCUUCAUCUCCAUGACAACUUUCAACAAACCUUUGAAUACACUCACACAACCACAUGCUUCACUCUCUACAUGUCAGGCCGAGCUUCUCUCAUGUAUGUGAAUUUACCAUCAUGUGUCCGAAUGAUUCUAUUGUGAUGAGGAAUAGAUCAAUAAACA